AUUAUUUUAUGGUUGGUGCAUAGGUUGGUGACAUUGGAAAAGCAACAUAACCUUCAUUUACGUUGUCGUGUUUGCUUCUGUCUUAUUUCGUAAGAUUAAAAAAUCACGCUUCAAUUUUGAACUUUUUAACUUGGACAGUUCCUGAUUAUUUCUAUUAAAUGUAAAAGUUUGAUGGAAAACGAAUAAAAUGGCUACCGUAUUUGAUAUUGAGCUUCACGAUGUUGAGACAGUGGAGGUAUCGGACAGUGACGAUAACGAGAUACAACUUUCAGAGGGUCAAUUUAUAAAUGAAAAUCCAGACCCAAAUGAAGUCAUUGAUUUAACCGAUGGUGAUUUCGAAACUUUGGAAUUGACAGAGGCUAAUGUAAAUCCGACACAAGAGCGUAUGUCCCCGAAGGAUUUUGAUUUACUCAAGGUCCUUGGUAAGGGGGGAUACGGUAAGGUGUUCCAAUGUAGAAAAAGAUCAGGAGCAGAUUCGGGGAAAAUUUUUGCGAUGAAAGUUUUAAGGAAGGCUUCCAUUGUAAGAAAUCAAAAAGAUGUAUCGCAUACAAAAGCAGAAAGAAACAUAUUAGAAAGUGUAAUGCAUCCUUUUAUUGUCCAGCUAAAUUAUGCCUUUCAAACUGGCGGUAAAUUGUAUUUAGUACUAGAAUAUUUAAAUGGUGGAGAACUUUUCACACACUUAGAAAACGAAGGCAUAUUUAUGGAAGACUGCUCAGCAUUCUACUUAGCUGAAAUUAUAUUAGCUCUUGAGCAUUUACAUAGUUUAGGAAUUAUUUAUCGUGACUUAAAACCCGAAAAUAUAUUAUUGGACCAAGAAGGACACGUGAAACUCACAGAUUUCGGUCUGUCAAAAGAGCACAUCCAAGACAAUACUAGAACAUUAACCUUUUGUGGUACCAUUGAAUAUAUGGCUCCAGAAAUCAUAUUAAGGCAAGGACAUGGCAAAGCGGCUGACUGGUGGUCGUUAGGAGCUCUUCUUUACGAUAUGACAACUGGAGCUCCACCUUUUCACGGUGGGUGUCGAAAGACAACAAUCGAAUUAAUAUUAAGGGGUAAACUUACGUUUCCUCAAUACAUGACCACCGAUAUGAAAGACAUACUGCGCAGAUUGUUGAAAAAGAAGCCCCAAGAUAGAUUAGGAGCGCCACCGGACGAUGCGAAAUCGAUCAAAAAGCAUCCUUUUUUCAAGCAUAUUAAUUGGGACGAUGUUUUAAAUAAGAGGAUAGAACCUCCAUAUAAACCUUGUGUGUCUAGCGACGACGAUGUUUCACAGUUUGAUCCAAAAUUUACGAAACAAACUCCAGUUGAUUCUCCAGUGGAUUCGUUUUUAAGCGAAAGUGUAAAUAUGAUAUUUGAGGGAUUUACUUAUGUGGCUCCAUCGAUCUUAGAAGAAAUGUAUAAGCCCCUGAUAUCGAAAUCGCGCUCUCCGAGAAAACUAGGCUCUUCCUACAGACAACACCAUCCUUUUGGUUUCAAUCUGCCUUCCAUACCUUCCAGCUCGAAUUUGCAGCAGCAGGCGGGAAUUUCCAGCUUUUUGGAUGCCGGGUGUCCUUUCGAAGGGCCCUCUGGAGUCCCGGAAUCGUCGUCCGGGGGGCCUUCCAGAGGCGGGGCUAGUUUGAGAACUAAUUACGGUAUUCCCAUACGUCGAGGUAAUUACAAUAAUUGUACAACGGAAAUGAUGGAGGUGGGCAGUGGCGGAGGUAUAUCGCAAGUAUAGUAUGAUGUGACAUUUCUUAGUUCAAUUAUUUUAUGUACAUUUUAUAAGGCGUAACGUUAAAUUGAAAUCGAUAGUUUGGUUUCGUUUUAAAAAUAUCAGUUCAGGAAAAGAAAUAAAGAAUGGACGAGGGUAACAAUAAAUAUGUUAGUUAUUUCUUUUAAUGGGUUCUGGGAAAAAGGUAUAAAAAUAGUAAUCAAAAAUAAAUUUGCCAUUGUUAAAGAGUUUUAAGAUACCAAUGUGUCUAUCUUGUCUUUUUAAUUAGUUUUUGAUUGAUGUGUAUUAUUUUUCCAUUAGGAAAUUUAAAAUAUGCACAAAUAAUUAUGAUUAAACCUUAAAUUAUGGCUAUAUAAAUAAUUAAAAAGUAAUUAUAGUACAGUCAAUCCGGCAUCAAAAAAGGUCUAGACUCCCAUCAAAUUACCUUAUAUUCGAAAAUUCGUAUCCCCCCACCCCACUGUUUUUCAGAAACUGAAAAAAAAAUUGGAUUCGAUUUUCUGGCUGAACCGUAGGUCCCACAGAAAAUUUUACGGGACAAAAAAUGAAGAGAAUUAAAUUCUCUACCUUUUUAUUUCUAAGUAACAAACCUCUAAAACUUACGGGGCCAAAGUUAGAGGGCGCCGAAGUCUCUCAAACGCAGUUUUUUUCAUUUUUCCGGAUGAAAUCAUUUUUUUACUGUCGCAAGGUUUUUAAAAGCAAAGGGCAUAAAAAAAACUAUCAAAUUGAUGUGUAACUUCUAUAUUUCGUAAAACUUAUACAGGUCGUCCCAGAAAUAAGUGGAAGUAUUUAUACUGGUAGUAUAGUUCAACCCCAGAAACACGCCUAUGAGGUUUUUUUCGCGAAAUUUUUUUU